GGGUACCCCCAUACGGUGUCAGUACAGGACCCAGGGUCCACAGGCACAGGAGCGCCGCAAUCUGAGGCCUCGGCCUGUUUGUUCUCGGCGUGCCGAGUCCAGGCCAGCGCGCACUCGCUUCCACCUGCCGCGCCGUCGGGAGCCGGGAGGAGGCGGAGACCCGGCGUCCCAGCCAAUGAGCGACGCCGGCGCUGGCAGCUGCCGCUAUAAAGGGCUGGGGGCGGCGGCGGUGCGACCCAGAGCGCGGAGCGCGCAGCGCGGGCCGGAGGGAGGGAGGGAGGGCGGGCGUGAGGAGCGGACCCGGCACCCGGCACCGGACAGGCCGGACAGGCCGGACACACGUCCCGCCGCACAAGGCAGAGCUGCCGAGAUCUCGGUCGGGAAGGGCCAUCUCUCCGGGCCCCGCGGGGCCGCGCACCGGGCGUCCUCCAUCGCGCGCCCGCUCCCUCCAUCCACCUGCCGCCGGGGGCCCGGCCGUCGGCGCGCGCAUCCCCAGGUCAGUCCCCGGCCUUCGAGGGCGCCGCCGGCUCCAUCUCCGCCUCUGCAGCAUCCGCAGACGCCCGGGCGGGACCCCGGCGUGAGCACCAGGCGCCCCCCCAGGAGUGCGCGACCCCCGGAGCCGCCCUCGAUACGGACCGCGCCCGCCGGGCACACAAGAAUGGUCACUCAGAUACUGGGGGCCAUGGAGUCUCAGGUUGGGGGGGGGCCGGCCGGCCCGGCCCUGCCCAACGGGCCACUCCUUGGGACAAACGGAGCCACUGAUGACAGCAAGACCAACCUCAUCGUCAACUACCUACCCCAGAACAUGACACAGGACGAGUUCAAGAGUCUCUUCGGCAGCAUCGGGGACAUCGAGUCCUGCAAGUUGGUUCGGGAUAAGAUUACAGGGCAGAGCCUGGGCUAUGGGUUUGUGAACUAUUCUGACCCCAAUGACGCAGACAAAGCCAUCAACACCCUCAACGGCCUCAAACUGCAGACAAAGACCAUCAAGGUGUCCUAUGCACGCCCCAGUUCUGCCUCUAUCCGGGAUGCCAACCUGUACGUCAGUGGCCUCCCCAAGACCAUGAGCCAGAAAGAGAUGGAGCAACUCUUCUCCCAGUAUGGUCGGAUCAUCACGUCCAGAAUCCUGCUGGACCAGGCCACAGGUGUCUCUCGGGGUGUGGGAUUCAUCCGCUUUGACAAGAGGAUCGAGGCAGAGGAGGCCAUCAAGGGACUGAAUGGGCAGAAACCACUGGGUGCGGCCGAGCCCAUCACGGUCAAGUUCGCAAACAACCCGAGCCAGAAGACGGGGCAGGCCCUGCUCACCCACCUAUACCAGUCCUCCGCCAGGCGCUACGCGGGUCCGCUGCAUCAUCAGACACAGCGCUUCCGGCUGGACAAUUUGCUCAACAUGGCCUACGGAGUCAAGAGUCCCCUGUCGCUCAUCGCCAGGUUCUCCCCGAUCGCCAUCGAUGGCAUGAGUGGCCUGGCAGGUGUGGGCUUGUCUGGAGGCGCCGCGGGGACUGGCUGGUGCAUCUUCGUGUACAACCUGUCCCCAGAAGCCGAUGAGAGCGUGCUGUGGCAGCUUUUCGGACCCUUUGGAGCAGUCACCAACGUCAAGGUCAUCCGAGAUUUCACCACCAACAAGUGCAAGGGCUUCGGCUUCGUCACCAUGACCAACUACGAUGAGGCGGCCAUGGCCAUCGCCAGCCUGAAUGGCUACCGCCUGGGUGAGCGCGUGCUGCAGGUGUCCUUCAAGACCAGCAAGCAGCACAAGGCCUGAGCAUUUACCGCCCUCCCUCCCCGGGCAGCAGAGAGAGAGAGAGAGAGAGAGAAAGAGAGAGAGAGAGAGAGAGAGAGAUCACAGAGCAGGCAGACCCACACACCUGCAAACGACCACCGCAGGGUGAACAUCGGGAUGGGGAGGGUCUGUCCCCCCCACACUUUCCCCACCCCAGGCUGGGGCUUGUUCACUCUCUCGUCUUGGUUUGGUUCAUGGUGAUGGCUUUUUCUUUCUUUUUUUCGGCUAAAAACAAAAAGAAGAAAGCAGAGAGGAGACCCCCCAUCCCACCUCACCCUCACCACCCUGCACGGGAUGGCUUAGGGGACACGAUGGUGCCCCGCCCAGGCCUCCCUUGCCCAGGCCUGUCCUGUACCGAGAGAAAGGGGAGGGAACAGGUUUAAAAAUCCCCAAAACAGCAAAAAACAUGAAAGAGGGGUGUGGGCCUCCCCAUCCCCUGUCCCAGUCUCUGGGCAGAAUACAGGGAGCAGGGUUGGGGAAGGGCAGGAAGCAGGAAAAAAAAAAAAAGGGGUGGGGUGGGGUGGGAGGGGAAGAAAAACUCUAUUUUUGUAAAAAGGGAAAAAGACCUCGUGGAGAAUUUUUACUGGGGAUUCUUGAACUUGAAAAAAAAAUCACAAAAAAAGACAAAAAAAAAAAAAAAGAAACUAUUUUGGCAAGUUAUGUUUACCAACUAACUGGGGCAGGGGUGCAGGUAGCAGGGCUGAGGGCUGAGAGGGCCGUAGGGCUGGCAGCGUGUGCGCAUACGCAUACACACACACACACACACACACACACACAUACACAGAGCCACAAGACAGCAGGCAGGACACGCACUUGUACCUUGGGCCACAGACACACAACACAUACAGAAACACUUCAGGAUACAGUCAGGAAGGCUGAUGGAAUCCACCAGAGGCUGCAGACACGGGGAUGAACAAACACACGUGCAGACGCUGGCUGACUGUCCACCAAAUCACGUGAUGUGGCAGAUGCCUGUGGAUGGAAGGUUCUGGGCCUGGCUCAGGUGUGGCACGGUGGGCAGAGUGCUCGAAGAGAGCUCGUGCGGAGCCUGGGCUUCAUCCCCCCAUGAGUAAACCCGGUAUGGUGGUUGCAGACCUCAUUCAUCCUAGCAGAUCAGAUCAAGUAGAGGUAGAGGCAGAUCAGAUCAAGGCUAGCCUUGGCUACAUAAUGGGUUUGAGGUCAGCCUGGGCUACAUAAGACCCUGUCUCAAAACACAAAACUAAAACCAAAUAGGUCACCUAGAAACAUACUCCACCCAGGGACACAGCCACGUCCACAGCACCCUACAGGCCCAGACAAGGCGUUCCUCCUGAAGACCCUGGCCCAGGCACUUCCUCCAGCCAGGCUGGCCCAGCCACUCCUCCCUGGGACCCCGACAAGCCCCAGCCCCCCCAGCCCCCCGUUCUCUGCACAGACUCCUUAGCCCGCCAGGGGCCUCCUGCUGCCCACCACACAGGCGUACAUACAUGGUCCAUGCAUCCAAACACACGAUACCUCGUUCUACUUUGGCAUCACCAUGGGCUGGAGGGGGCUCUCACUCCCCACAACCUGAGGCCAAAGGACCCCCCUGUCCCUGGGGCUCAGCCUCCCUGGGUCCACGGGGAGGUCUGCAGUCUCCUCCCUCAGCCAGGGCCAGUGUGCUCCCCACCACAGCAAGCACCCAGCACGCCCCACCAGACCCAGGGGUGGACAUGCCCAAGGUGUCCCCCCACAUCCCUUCCACUUGUCACCCUCUUUUGAUUGUUGGGUUUUUUCGUCUCUUCUGGAUGUGGGGGAAGCAUGGAUGCAGCCUUUGUGAGCCCUGGCCCUGGCUUCUGACCGGACUUGGCAUCCGUAUCCCCACGCCCUGACCCUUCAUUCUUUUAUGCAAGUUCCAACCGAAGCCACAGGCUGGAGCCCCCGGGAGCCCAAACCUGCAACCCACCCCUCAGUGGGCCCAGUCACAACCAAGAAUCGUGAAGCCCCACCCCCACUCUACACUCUGGUUCUUUCCUCCGGUGUCCUCUGCGUUUGGUGUCUGGCCACGGCCCCAUCUGAGCGUCCAACUCUCUCUCCCCACCCCUCCUGGUGUUGUUCUUAACCGUCUGUGGAGUUUCUGCUGCAAGGAACAAAAAGAAAAAAAAAAUUAAAAAAAGACCAAAAAAUUCAAAAAGAAAAAAAAAAGAAAGAAAA